AUGGUCCUCAAAUCCAUGAUUCCGUCCCCGAGACGAUGGGCCGCCCUUGUCUCCUUCUGCCUCGCACCAACUUUAGCCAUCGCUGUAAACGAUGCGACCGCAACAAAAGCUGCAGCUGCCGACUACUAUGUUCGCGACCUUCCGGGUUUGCCCACCGAUGGGCCCGAUGUCAAGAUGCACGCUGGACAACGGACCGUUAUUUGGAUCAAUGGUGGACCAGGCUGCAGUUCAGAAGAUGGCUCCAUGAUGGAAAUCGGCCCCUAUCGGCUCAAGGAUCAAGACCAUUUGGUCUACAACAAUGGCUCGUGGAACGAAUUCGCCAACCUGCUGUUCGUCGAUAACCCUGUAGGCACCGGCUUCAGCUCGGUUGACACCAAUAACUAUAUACACGAACUCAAAGAAAUGGCGGAUCAAUUUGUCAAAUUCCUUGAGAAGUGGUUCGCUCUGUUUCCCCAGUACGAUCGCGAUGAUAUAUACAUCGCAGGCGAGUCUUACGCCGGACAGCAUAUCCCAUACAUCGCCAGGGCUAUUCUCGAUCGCAACAUGAAGAAUCCUGCAACCGCAUGGAACCUGAAAGGACUAUUGAUCGGCAAUGGCUGGAUCGACCCAAUCGAACAGUAUCCCGCUUAUAUUACAUUUGCCAUACAGAAGGGUCUGAUCAAGAAGGAUUCCGACGAGCACAAGCAACUGCAAGGCGAUCUGCGCAAUUGUCAAAGAAUGAUGGCCUCGGAUGUCGGCCAUGUUGAUUACGGCGAAUGCGAAGCUAUCUUGUCAAACAUGCUCAGACUAACCAAGAACGGUGACGGCGAUAAUGCAUGCGUUAACAUGUACGAUGUGCGACUGAAAGAUUCAUACCCUAGCUGCGGCAUGAACUGGCCUCCGGAUCUGGUGCACCUAACUCCUUACUUGAGAAAACCCGAGGUUACGAAAGCCCUUCACGUCGAUGGCAUAAAAAAAUCUGUCGGUUGGACUGAGUGUAACGGUGCUGUUGGAGGUGCCUUCAACGCAAGGAAGUCUAAACCCUCGGUUGAUCUCCUGCCCGCUCUCCUUAAGGAGGUUCCUAUCAUGCUCUUCUCUGGAGCUGAGGAUCUCAUUUGCAACCACAUUGGAACCGAAAACAUGCUUAGCAAGAUGGAGUGGAACGGUGGGAAGGGUUUCGAAGUAACACCCGGCAACUGGGCUCCUCGGCGUGACUGGACUUUUGAGGACGAGACAGCUGGUUUCUGGCAAGAGGCCCGAAACUUGACAUAUGUUCUUGUCUAUAACUCCUCCCACAUGGUCCCUUUCGACCUUCCACGAAGAAGCCGAGAUAUGCUGGACCGCUUCAUGGGCGUUGAUAUCAGCAGAGUUGGCGGCGACCCUGCUGACAGUCGCAUUGAUGGCGAGAAGGGGCCAAAGACCAGCGUUGGCGACGCCAAGAACAGUACUAAGACCGCCGACGAGGAACACCAAAAGCAGUUGGACGAGGCCAAGUGGGCAGCAUACUACAAGUCUGGCGAAAUUGUUCUGGUCAUCGUCAUCAUUGGUGUCAUCGUCUGGGGAUACUGGAUAUGGCGUGAACGUCGCAGGGGCGCUGCUUAUUCUGCUUUGGCUGAUCACGAUCUUUCCAGUCAACCCAACGGCCACCGAGCCAAGUCACAGCCUGGUGAUCUUGAGUCGGCGGCUUUUGAUGAAAGCGAACUGGACGAUUUGCAUGUAACAACACCGGGAACCAGCAACAGUGCUAGGUUUCCAGCGAAUCAUGACAGUAGCGAGAAGUUUGUCACCAAGUACGCCGAAUAA